AUGCCUGCCUCCACCAUGGCAGCGCGCAGCCAGAGCCCACGAGACGCACCGCGCGGACCGGCAGCAUCGAGACGACGAGGCGGGGCACGAUCGGACAGAGAUGGGGAUUUGAAGAUGGACAUCGCGGUGAAGGGCCGCGGGCGGAUAGGAAAGUCUUCAUCAGCACCGAGCAGCAGCAGAGACCCGGCAUCACGGACUUCGAGAGGCGAAGCAAGAGGUGGCAUGCUGAGCGGCACCGCGCGCAGAGCAAUCUUGCGGCAAGCUGCGGCGGGCGAUGUCUCCAUGCGAGAGCCUAAGCCGACAAACUCAAGAGGAGGACUGGUCGAGCUCAGCAUAACAGGCUGGGAGAAGAGCAAGGCAUCCGGAAACGCAGACGGCGGAGUCAGCUCACUCAUUGGGUGGCUCGAGAAGAAGGCCAGCCACCGCCUGGGCUCCAGAACAAGAGACGUGAAAGUCAAGAAGUCACGCAAGGAGGGGAGUGCGGUAAUCAUCAGUGUGCCAUCAGAGCAUGUGGGCGCCCUGAUACGCAUGAACGGGUAUGAGUGGGCGGGGACGAAUGUGACCAUCGAGCGACUGGGAGGGUCAAAGAACUCGAGCGUCGAGGUGAAGUCACAGGCGGAGGAGACCAAAGCGAUGCUCCGAGGCGUACUUGAACGGCGGUACAACGCGGAUACGAAAGUCCUGGACCUCAGCGCACUCGGCCAGGACGAAGAGCUCAACAAGGCCAACGUCUUCGACAAGAACUCCACAACACGCAAGAUCUUCCCGGCGCUAAUGAGAGUGCUCGAGUUCUCCUUCGACACUGAGGCGGAGCGUCACGCCGCCGUCACCGGAGUCUCUCUCGCCAACAAUGGCCUGAUCGAUCUUGCGGACGUCACCAGCCUUUCGCAGACCCUGCCGAAGCUCCAGAACCUUGAUCUGUCCAGCAACAACUUCAAGGGCCUGUCAUCACUACAGAAUUGGCGUAAGAGGUUCUCACAGCUCCAGCACCUCGUCCUGUCCAACAACCCACUCGAGCAGGCCGAACCAGAAUACCCCGCCGAGGUGGUCAAGUGGUACCCCACACUUCGCUUUCUCAACAACGUGCAAGUUCGCACCGAGGAGGAAGCUACACAAAAGGCGGCACCCACAGACCUUCCCUUUCCGAUCAGGACACCCAACUUCCAGGACGAAGGUGGCAUUGCCGAAGGCUUCGUGCGCACUUUCUUCGCCGGCUUCGACACCGACCGCGCAGCACUCGCGGCACACUACUACGACAAUCUGUCCGAUUUCUCGUUUGCUGUCAACACACAAGCGCCACGAGACCCGGAAGCUACACAAGCGACCGAGAAGCAGGAGUGGGACCAGUAUAUCAAGAGCAGCAGGAACCUUAAGAAGAUUUCGCAGCCGCAGGCGCGGCAGAACAGGCACUUUCGUGGUCCGAAGGCGGUGGCGGAUGCCUUCGCAACACUACCAAAGACGAAGCACCCAGAUCUCGCGACCGAGGCCCGCAAGUGGAUGGUGGAAGCGCACAUCCAGCCUGGCGUCCCAGAUCCGACCGGCCAGAGCGCAUCGGGAGUGGACGGCUUCAUGAUCACCGUGCACGGCGAAUUCGACGAACUCGAUGCCACGACCGGCCAAGCAGGGAAGAAGCGGAGUUUCGACCGGACAUUCAUCAUCGGCCCCGGCGGCCCCUCCGGCGUCCGCGUGGUCAACGACCUCCUCACUCUCCGCGCCUACGGCGGAGCGCAGUCUUACGACCCGGACAACUUCGAAGGCUGGAACGCGAACGCAACAGCAGCACGGACUUCCGACGCGACUCCCGACCCUGCGGUCCCCCAAUUACCAGCGGGGCUCACGAUCGAGAUGGCGGAGCAGAUGGUCGCGGAGCUGCAGAAGCAGACGAAUAUGACGAUUCAGUAUGCGAAAGACUGUUUGGAGCAGGUUGGGUGGGAUUUCCAGAAGGGGUUGGAGGCUUUUGCGAAUGUUAAGGGGAAUUUGCCCGGGGAGGCUUUUGUGGGGGGUGCGUAG